CAUUUGUCGAAGUCGGCUCAAAGCGAACGCACACACAUUCCGCAUCCGCCAUGUCGGCCGCAGCUAGUAAUUCCAGCAAGAUGAUGACAUCGCCCGGCGAUAUGUUUACCCUGGAGAAUCCUGUCUUUUGCUGCUAUCUUUUUUGGUCCACAGUCCUGGUGGUGAAGAUGCUGCUCAUGUCGCUGCUAACGGCCGUUCAGCGUUUCCGGUAUAAGAUCUUUCCCAACCAGGAGGAUCUGUUCUUCAAGAAUCUUGAAGUGCAAUUCGAUGAUCCGCAUGUGGAGCGGGUCAGAAGGGCCCAUCGCAAUGACAUGGAGAACAUUCUGCCGUAUUUUAUCAUGUCCUUGAUUUAUAUCAGUACCAAUCCGAAUGCCGAUGUGGCCUGCAUACUGUUCCGAGUGGCCUCCGUGGCCAGGAUCAUACACACUCUGGUUUACGCCGUUUAUCCGGUGCCGCAGCCAUCGAGGAUUCUAGCCUUCGCCACCAUGCUACUGAUCACCUUCUACAUGGCCGCCGUGGUCGCCCUGCGUACCCUAAGCUUUAUAUGAAUAAAUUCAAGUCCCUUUCGGCUUAACCCUCAAAUAUAACACGAGCUUUUCAAGAAGAUUAACAUUGAGUAUCUAGUUUCUUGGCUAAAGGAGGGAAAAAUUAAUAAUUUCCCGCCUAAAUUGCUAAAUUUUUAGGGACCCUCAUUUGCGAGCAUAGUUAGAACUCUUCAGAACUACUUUUCAAAUGACUAAAGAAGUACGUAUUUCCUUAUUGACCAAUUAAAAGCUAGCUAGCUAACUGCUACAAGCGGCAUCCUUGAACAAGAAAAUUACAAAC